AAUCGCUCGACCACAAACCCUAAUCGACACUUUGAGAGGAACCGAUCCCCUAGGCGCUCGGAGUGACUGGGAUCGCUGUGACUAUGUCUCAGAUCCCCGUUAUCCCACCGGGAUCUGAGAUUCCCCCUGCAGGCAACAUUGGAGGAGCUGAUCCACCGCCGAUCAACGACGGGAACCAAUCUCCUCGACACCAGCAGGGAGAUCGACAAGAAGGAGGAGGCGGGUCUUCGCUGCAAGACGCCGCCGCAAUGAUGGCUAGGAACAACAACGGCGGUGCUCAUACCGCCAUGCUCAUUAGCCAGAUUGCUCAGAUGAAACCGCUAGAUGGUAGUAAUUACCAUUCUUGGCGGGAGGAUAUAGACAUGAUAACCACAGUGGGUGAGAUAGAUUACGCACUGAGGUUUGAUAAACCAGUUGAGCCCACAGUGGGCACUCCCAACUAUGACCACAGGUGGAUGCAAUACAGCAUCGACAAGGUCAAGUGGGAGAGAUCAAAUGACAAAUGUAUGAUUAUUCUUAAGAGGAGCAUCAAGGAGCCUCUUAAGAGUUCCAUACCAGAGUGCGAGACUGCCAAAGAAUACCUUGAGAGGGUAGCCUCUCAUCACCAAGGGUCUUCUAAGGCUUAUGCUUGCUCUCUAAUGACAGAAUUUGUCAAUGCAAAAUACGAUGGAAAUGGUGUCAGACCAUUCAUUCAGAAAAUGAUAUCCAUCGUAGCUAAGAUAAACAAGUACCUCGGGUCUCCUUUACACGAGGAAUUUGUAGUAUUUAUGAUAAUGAAGUCUCUGCCCAAGGAGUUUGAGACUUUUCACAUACAAUACAACACUAGUGUCACUGAUAAGUGGAAUAUAGACCAACUCUUGGCACAGUGUGUCCAGGAGGAAGAGAGGUUAAAGCAGACUGGAGACUCUGUCAACCUCAUCAAAGGCAAUAUCCCCAGAUAGAACAAGAACUCAAAGAAAAAGUUCAAGAAGCAAGGUAAACAGAAUAACCAGGCUUCGUCGAGCAAUAAUAAUCAGCCAAGACAAGGAGGCAGUUUCUCAGUUCCCCCUGAUACCUGCCUCUAUUGCAAGAAGACAGGUCAUUACAAGAGAAAGUGCCCUGAAUUCCUGCAGUAUCUACUAGAGAGUGGGACUCCGUACAAGCCAAAGGCUCCCAAAGGGCCGAAGAACAAUUAGAGUGGCAAAUGGAGUUGAAGCAGCAGUCGAGGCCAUUGGAGAUAUACAUCUUAAAUUAGUUAAUGGUUUUGUACUGUUGUUGAGAGACGUACUUUAUGUACCUUCCUUGCGAAGGAACCUUAUUUCGGUUUCUAGAUUAGAUGAUCAGCACAUUCAUUGCCAUUUUGGUGAUAGACAGUGUGUCAUUCAGUUUGAUAAUAAAGAUGUUGGUCUCGCCAUCCGACGAGAUAUGCUUUAUUUACUUUCGCAAAGUGAUGUUGUUAAUGUAUUAGAUAUACCAGAAAACGAUCCAGCCAGCAGUGGCAGGAAAAGAAAACGAAGUGAUGGAGAAACCUCGUCGAAAUUAUGGCAUUAUCGUUUGGGCCAUAUUUCGAGGGGGAGAAUAGAAAGUCUUGUUAAGGAACAGAUUCUCCAUCCCCUAGACUUCACAGACUUAGAGCAAUGCAGAGAUUGCAUUAAGGGUAAAUUCGCGAAGCAGAUUAAGAAAGAUGCUAAGCAUAGUACGAGAGUGUUAGAAAUUAUUCAUACAGAUAUCUGUGGUCCUUUUCCAGUUAGGACAGUAGAUGGGUUUAAUUCGUUCAUAACCUUCACAGAUGACUACUCUCGCUACGGUUAUAUUUAUCCCAUUAAGGAAAGAUCAGAAGCUUUAGACAAGUUUAAACAGUUCAAGGCUGAAGUAGAGAAUCAACACGAUUUGAAGAUAAAGAUUGUUCGAUCAGAUCGUGGGGGGAGUACUAUGGGCGCCAUACCGAGUAUGGCCAGGUCCCAGGACCUUUCGCGAGGUUCCUAAGAGAAAACGGUAUUGUUGCUCAAUAUUCAACACCUGGCGAACCACAACAGAAUGGGGUUGCCGAAAGGCGUAACAGAACGCUAAUGGAUAUGGUAAGGAGUAUGCUAAGUUACUCUAACCUGCCAUUGGGUCUAUGGAUGGAGGCUUUAAAAACCGCUAUGCAUAUACUCAACAGAGUUCCUAGUAAAUCAGUGGCUAGAACUCCAUAUGAGUUGUGGACUGGCAGAAAACCCACGCUCAACUACUUCCAUAUAUGGGGUUGUCCAGCAGAAGCUAGAAUAUUUAAUCCUGGACAGGGAAAGCUAGAUGAGAGAACCACUAGCUGCCAUUUUAUUGGCUACCCUGACAGAUCGAAGGGUUACAGAUUCUACUGCCCUGACAGACAAACCAAGUUCAUAGAAACCAGACAUGCCAUUUUCUUAGAGGAUGACAUGAUCAAGGGGAGUAAGGUACUCAGAGAGGUUGACCUUCAGGAAAAGAGGAUAUAUGUCCCGUUUCCGAUGGUUGAAGAACCAUACUUCUCGAUACCCACUGUGGUUCCACCAACAGUCACACCGACUGUGGGUGAAACCCCUGCUGCAAAUGUGGCAUCAUCUAGUGCAACUACUACAGAGCAAGUAGCUUCACCUUCUGCGCAUAUUGGCCCUGAGCCAGUUGCACAGGACAGUUUAGAAGAUGAUGAUAGUGUUGCGCCAAGUGAUGCACCAUUGCAGGAGCCCCAGGUAGAAUCUGAACCAGAACCAAGUCUCAGGAGAUCACAGAGACUCAGAAAAUCUGCGAUUCCUGAUGACUAUGAAGUCUAUGCAGCAGAAAACAUAGAAUGUGAUGAGAUUCAUAUGAGUGAGGACAUUGAUACAGAAGGUGAUCCCACUACAUAUGAAGCUGCUAUGAGAAGUGCAAAUUCAUCCAAAUGGUUAUCUGCCAUGGAAGAUGAAUUAGAAUCCAUGAGAAUGAACAAAGUUUGGGACUUAGAAGUCAUUCCCCAUGGAGCCAAAACAGUAGGCUGUAAAUGGGUCUACAAGACAAAGCGUGACUCCAGAGGGAACAUAGAAAGAUACAAGGCUAGACUUGUGGCCAAAGGGUUCACACAGAGAGAAGGCAUUGACUACCAUGAAACCUUCUCACCUGUCUCAACAAAAGAUUCAUUCAGGAUCAUAAUGGCACUAGUUGCUCAUUUUGAUCUAGAGCUCCAUCAGAUGGAUGUAAAGACAGCAUUCCUAAAUGGAGAGUUAGAAGAAAACGUGUUCAUGGCACAACCAAAGGGUUUUGUUGUGAGCGGUAAAGAACACAUGGGAUGUCACUUGAGGAGGUCCAUUUAUGGAUUAAAACAGGCCUCCAGACAGUGGUACAUCAAGUUUGAUCAGACUAUAAGAAAGUUUGGUUUCGAGGAAAACAAGGAAGACAAUUGCAUUUAUGCAAAAUUUAAGAAAGGAAAGUAUAUCUUCCUUGUUCUGUAUGUCGAUGACAUACUCUUAGCUAGUAGUGAUAAGGAUCUACUAGCGGAAACAAAAGGGUUUCUUUCCUCGAAUUUUGAUAUGAAAGACAUGGGAGAAGCCUCUUAUGUUCUUGGAAUAGAAAUUCGCAAAGACAGACAAAAGGGAGUACUAGGACUCUCACAGAAGUCAUAUAUAGAAAAUGUACUAAAGAGGUAUAAUAUGCACAAGUGUAAUGCCUCGCCUGGUCCAAUAGUCAAGGGUGAUAAGUUUGGGGAAUAUCAGUGUCCCAAGAAUCAGUAUGAGAAAAACAAGAUGAAGUCAGUACCAUAUGCUUCAGCUAUCGGAAGCAUUAUGUAUGCUCAAGUAUGUACUCGCCCUGACUUAGCUUUUACCACCGGGAUGCUUGGACGCUAUCAGAAGAAUCCAGGCAUAGAACACUGGAAAGCAGUCAAGAAGGCUCUAAGGUACCUUCAAGGUACUAAAGGUCUCAUGCUUACGUACAGAAGAUCUAAUUCCCUACAAAUAGUUGGCUAUGCAGAUGCCGACUGGGGAGGGUGUAGAGAUACACUGAAGCCCACUUCAGGGUAUGUCUUUAUGCUCUCUGGGGGAGCUAUUUCUUGGAAGAGCUGCAAACAGACAGCGAGAGCAUCGUCGACAAUGCACGCUGAGUUUGUAGCUACGUAUGAGGCAACUGGACAGGCGAUAUGGAUAAAGAAAUUCGUACCCGGAUUAAGAGUGGUUGAUAGCAUAGAGCGACCACUGAGAAUUUACUGCGAUAACGAGCCAGCGGUAUUUUUCUCCCAUAACAAUAAGUCAAGUGGCUCUGCCAAGUAUAUUGACAUUAAGUGUUAUAUUGUUAAGGAGAAGAUUCUGGAUCACACCAUUCAAGUUGAGCAUAUAAGAACCCAUCAGAUGCUUGCGGAUCCGCUCACAAAAGGUCUUCCACCCAGCGUGUUUAGUAAGCACGCAGCCGGCAUGGGAUUAAGGGAGUACCUAUGAUCUAGAAUCACAGGGGCUACAGAUUGCAACC